UAAUCUCUAGUGCUUUUGUUUAUCAGUAUCAGUACGCCUUCUCUGACUGUGAGUUUAGUAGAUUAAAAAGCACAGAGCAGUGAAAAGAUUGGACAAUAUGCUUCCUAAUUUGAAAUUGGAUUCGCCAAACGGAAUUUCGUCCGACUUCAAGGACGUCAACGAGCGGCUGGCGGCAGGUUCGGUGACGCCAGUCGGCGCCGCUGGACGGUACGUGGGCAAGACAGCGCAGAACGUGGCUUUCGGCGCCGGCAGGACGGUCAGCAACGUGGCCGUUGGCGUCGGCGAAACGGGCGUCGGCCUCGUGGACGGGCUCAAGGACACGGUCGUCGGUCCCGUCAAAGCGGUCGGCCAGCUCAAGGCGAGCGUCUCCAGCGGCGAAGUGCACCCAGUGGCCGGCGUCGUCUCCGCACCGGUCGUCGUGGUCGGGGCCGUGGUCGGCGGCGCCGCUAAGACUGUCGGCAACGUCGGCAAAGGCGUCGGAAAGACCGUCGGAGGCGUGUUCAAAGGGUUGGGCAGCAUUUUUUAACUGAGAGAUUGAAACUAUAAUUAUGAAUAAAAUUAUAAAUGGCUUAAUUGCUGCAGUAA